AUGCCCAGACGAUUGAGAUGGCUGAUCCCAGCUGUUCGUUUUGCUACCGAAUCGCGACCAUCCAUCCUAAAUUCGGACUUGGACUCAGAUCAGGAGGAGAAGCGCCCUGACUAUGCAGAUAUUUACGACGCGCUAUCAUCCAUUGGUCUACUUGAUCCCGGCACCAGGCGUUUGAAUGAACCUAAGCUUCUAGAGCUGUCUGACGACAUCCGGGCUCACCUUCUUGAAGGCGCUUCUCUAGGCGACAGCGCAGAAAUUAUCAAGAGAACUCUCCGUGAGCUGGUGAUAGACGAAAGCGGUGCCAUACCUGUACUAGAUUUUGCUACUAUCCAGAAUGCUCGACUGGAUAAAUUGCUUUCCGACAUGUUGACCCUAGGUCACCAGCAAGCUUUGCUUCCCCCUCGAUCCCGCGUUGAUACCUUCAUGGCCGAAAGGCUGCAGAGGCUCUGGAUCGCUCGAUUUCGUGAAAAGUACUUCAGCAUUGACCAAAUCCGGCAUCAAAACCUUUCCAAGUCUAGCAGGCUGAAAGAUAUCAUGUUCAACGAUGCGGCCACAGACGGCUGGGGCUUGUGGCAAGCAGAGGGCAGUGAGACGACACUAUCAGGCCUUGAAUCAAAUCUACAAUUCAGACCGGGACAAUAUACUAUUCGACAAUACGGCCACAAGCAAAACCCGAAGAACCGGCUGCAUCGAAUCAUCGUGACGCUGGAAAGAAUCGCGGGCCAGCCAAGCAUGGCUGAUCUAGCCAAAGUCCCUCGUCCGUCACAAAUGGACGACUGGGUGCUGUUUGAGAAGUUCGAAGGCGAAAUGAUCCGGCAGAACCAUGGCGAGCAGAGCUUCCUGGACUGGAAAGUGAUGAAGGCGCAGGAAAGGAUGGAGCAGCAACAAUGGCGACGAGCGCUCGAAGUUGGAGCUGCUCUGACCACGGCUCGGCAUGCCAGGUACAGCUACGGAAUGCGAGAUUUGGGGGUAAAGCAGACGACCUAG